AUGUUUCCUGAAAAUGUCUAUGACAUUGAGGAACUUUCCCCUGACCAUCGCACUCUGUCUGCGCGGAAGUACCGGAAAUAUCUCCACCAUAUAGCGCAAGCAGCAAUAUGGACCACCUACAUCUACUUUGCAGCGCGACUAUUUUUUACUUUGACGACCCCUGAGCAAACAUGGAAAAUGUGGGUGAUUUUUGGUGUUGAAGGUCUAUUUGCUCGUAAGUUGUCUCCAAUGGAAAACAUCGAACAGCCGCUGACCGUCUUAGACAUAUCUCUGAACCACCAACGCUUGUCCUUGGCCGCCACAACAAAGCCAUCAAAUCAGACAAUCCGCAAGAGACUACUCGGUACCGAAAACCUACCCAGAGUCGACGUGCUAGUAACGUGUUGCGGAGAGCCGGUCGAAAUCAUCCUAGACACAGUCCGAGCAGCAUGUGCCCUAGACUACCCAGUCUCCCGUUUUCGAGUACAGCUUCUAGAUGACGGAGCGUCAACUGAGCUACACGACGAAAUCGCAAAACUUGCCACGAAAUGGACUCACCUGUCCUACCACACCCGCGGCAAGCAAUCCGGGAAGUCCUUUGCGAAAGCAGGCAAUCUCAACUACGCCUUGUUUUCCCUACAAACUGAAGAUCCACCAGAAUUCUGCACUGUGGUUGAUGCAGACUCUAUCCUCAUGCCAGAGUUUCUACGCGCAACACUGCCCCAUCUACUUGCAGACCCGGAGGCAGCAUUAUUGACCACACGACAGUAUUUCUAUAACCUACCGCGCGGUGAUCCCCUCUCUCAGUCGCGAGCUUACUUCUAUACGUGUGAGAACACGGAACUCGACCUUCUCGGCCAUGCACUAGACGCAGGCUCUGGUGCAGUCUUCCGCCGCGACGCGAUUCUUGACGCGGGUGGAUAUCCGACCUAUUCUUUCUCGGAGGACUGGCAGCUGUCAUUGAUCCUACGAGGACUGGGGAAGCGCACGAUGCAGGUACAGGAGGUUUUGCAAUUCGGUCUUGUUCCUACCUCCCUUGCUGGGCAUCUCAAACAGCGCAAUCGGUGGCACAUCGGACACUCUCAGCAGGUUUCCGUGUUGUUUCCUUCUGUCAACAAGGCGAUUCCAGAGAAUUUGCGUUGGGAUAUAGCUCUUGGUGGCCUGGCUAUUAUGGCAGGCCUUGUGAGUUACUCGAUUGGCUUUGUUGCUCUGCCUUGUCUUCUUGUCUCUGAUGGUGGAUUUAUUCCUGCUGGAUCGGCGUUGGAGGUCAAGAUCCAGCUUGUUCUAGCCGCGGCGUAUGUUGCGUCUACAUGGGCAUACGAUUGGGCUCGGAGUGCGCAUGCCGGUAUUCCCUUUGAACCUUUUGCACAUGCGGAGAACAGUUGGCUUGCUGCCGCCCACUUGUACGCUGUUUUACGAUUCCACCUAUUCGGAAGCAAGCCCAAGGGAUCUUUUGUUACCGGUAGCACCGCCAAUUCGACUGAGAACGCUACAUCCAUUUCAUCGUUCCAAAAGGCAUACAGAGAUACUAUUCAAAGCGGUGCUUUGCUGAACGUUUGUCUUUUUAUUGCGACUGUUGGAGCUAUGCUGUUUGCGAUCUGGGUGGCUGUCACCGGAGAGGGAUCGACAAUUCUCAAACUGCUCACUACAAUUGCCUGGCCUCCAUUGCUGCACUUGUGCUUGUUGGCGACUGUCAAUAAUUGGGUACCUAUUGCUCAUCUUUUCAGCCCUCCAAUCUACCACUCCAGAGACUCGAGAUUGCUCACCACAGAGAAGGGGAUAUCAUAUCCGCGAGGGGGAGUUGAGCUGGAACUUAGCUCUGAGAUGUCUUUACUUGGCCUCUGUUGCUGCUUUGUGGUGCCAAUUGUUCUUUUGGGAGUGCUCUUGGGUGUUGUGAUAUCAUAG